UCUCAAAAACAAAUGGAAAACAUAAAGACUGGAAGAAACUGGAUGAAGACCAGAAAUUUUAAUACAUUACAUAUUUUGUAGUAUUAUCUAUAGUCCACAGCAUACUGUCUAUUUGUCCAUGCAAUUGCAUUUAAUAUAUAACUCUCCGACCUAUGCUUCACUCCCUUCUCAGCCUCCCAGGCACUGUUACUACAGGCGUGACCACCACAGGCAGGUAUUAGCUUUAGUUUAUCCUUCACUUUUUCAUUUACAUCAGUACUGGGGACCAAACCCAGACCUCAUCCAGCGUGGACAAGCACACCACCACUAAACUACAUCUAAAACGAUGGUGUUUUCUUGAGAUGGACUCAUUCCAUAGCCCCGAAUGCUCUGGAAUUCACUGUAUAGCCCAGUGCUGCCCUGAAACUUUGGACAAUCCUCUUUCCUGAGUGUCCUACUUGCUGAAAUUUAAGGCAUAAACCACGAUGUCUGUCUGGCUUUUUUGUGUUUUUGAAACACAGCCGUGUUCAAAUGCAGCCCAGGCUGGCCUAGAACUCACAGCUGCCAGACUGUUGGCUUUGUAUUUGUUAAGUCACCAAGUGGCACUCUGGAUCAGGGAACUUUCCACUGCCCCGGGCUAUCAUCUCACCCUGAUUGAAGUAUUGAGUCAAUCACCGAAAUGGUCAUAGGUCGGCUCUGAGGCUUAUUAAGAUACCAACUUGGAGGCCAGAUAGAGUCAUCCCGUCUCCAGUGGGUGUUCUCAAACUGUACUUUGCAGAACUCUUAGUGCGGUCGCCGGGUGGAAGGUUCAGGUUUCACUCUCCAGGGACCUCGAGCCUCUGCAGCGCCUGGUCGCUCGCGGAAGAGCGUUUGCAAGCGGCAGCCGCGCGCUCCGCUUGCGCUCCACUGAGAGGCCCCGCGACGCUGCUGGCCGAGCCAGGAGGCGGCGAUCCCGGCUGGGCCGGGACUUCCUUCCUCUCGGGAGGGACAACUGACCCCCCCCCCGCCCCGCCCGCAGCCCGCACCGAGCUCCUGGCAGCCUGCGGUGCUAGCGCGCAGCGAUGGGCUCCCUGCUGAGCAGCGACGGCUCCAAGUCCGCGCCCGCCUCCGCCGCCCAGCGGUCCCUGGAGCGCAGCCGGGACCCCGAGCUGCCCAUCACCUCCUUCGACUGCUCAGUGUGCCUGGAGGUGCUACAUCAGCCGGUCCGGACCCGCUGCGGCCACGUGUUCUGCCGAUCCUGUAUUGCGACCAGUAUUAAAAAUCAUAAAUGGACAUGUCCAUACUGCCGAGCAUACCUUCCUUCGGAGGGAGUGCCAGCAACUGACAUAGCCAAGAGAAUGAAGUCAGAAUACCAGAACUGUGCUGAGUGCGGGACUCUGGUUUGCCUCAGUGACAUGAGGACGCACAUAAGGACUUGUGAGAAGUACAUUGACAGAUAUGGACCACUGCAAGAACUUGGAGAGACAACAACAAGAUGUGUCUGUCCAUUUUGUCAGAAGGAAUUGGAAGAAGACUGCUUGCUGGAUCAUUGUAUUACCUAUCACAGAUCAGAGAGGAGGCCUGUGUUCUGCCCACUUUGCCAUUUGCUACCUAAUGAGAGCCCAAGUACCUUCAAUGGCAGUUUAAUCAGACAUCUGCAAGUCAGCCACACUUUGUUUUAUGAUGAUUUCAUAGAUUUUGAUAUAAUCGAGGAAGCCCUUAUCCGAAGAGUGUUAGACCGCUCACUUCUUGAAUAUGUGAAUCACUCAAACACCACCUAAGUUUAUAAAUAGCGAAGGACCAUUCCCUUGUACCAUUUAAGAUGCUGCUUGAAGGACUGGGGGAAACUGUCAAUGUUUCAUGGAGAAAAAUGUACUACAGUGUUACACACUUGUUUUUGUUAUGUUGCUUUCAUUCUGGUCUAGAUCUGCCUUUACAUUCUUGAGUUUCUUAGACAUUUAACCACAGACAAUCGGCUCCACAAGCUAUCGGCAAAUGGAAGAGACACAGGCUGAGUAUGUGUGCAGGAGCUCCGUGUGCACAUUGGUGAUGCUGGGCAGAAUGCUACGUGUUCAUGACUGUCAUCAUGGUUAGGCAAGAUGACCAACCUCUGUUCGACACAAGAAGAUGGAAAAAGGAACAAAAUGUGGACAUUAAAGGAAACCUGAAAUUUAUUGAAAUCCUUAUGCUUAAUCUCUAAUAAAGGAAUGUGGACAAUCUUACGUGAAAGGAGGAGGGAAAAGAAUUUGAAGUCAACAAAAUCCAUUUUAACCAAAUUACAGUACAUAAUACUAUAACAGGAAGGUAUGGUGAUGCAUGCCUACAGUCCAAGUAUUUGGGAGGAGGAAGAAUCAGAAGUGCAAGGCCAGUCUUGGCUAAUGAGACCAUAAAAAAAAACAUUAAAAAAUUGAAAAAAGAAAAAAUCUAUGUGAACUUAACUAUUGAAAUACUAUAUAUGCACAUAUAAAAAUUUGAUAAAAUAUUUUUCAAAUAUUUGUAGCUUAUUAUUUAGAAGUAUUUUAUAAUGUAGGUGAUUUCUUAAGACCUAUCUGUUGAUAUCUGUGGUUGAAGUUUUCACAUUGGUAAUUUGCAUGGAAUUCCAAGGCUUUGUUUUUAAUUUUAACAUCUUAAAAGGUGUAAAAUAAAGCACACAUACUGAAAACCAGA